UGUUUAUUGACCAAAAGUCACACCAAUUUUUAUUGUUUGCCCGAAAUGUUGCUGUGAACCUGUUUACACUUUGCCAGUCAUAUACAGUACAUAAUUAAGCAAUCAAUUGCAAAACAAAUCAAUUUCGUUAUUAUUUGGAAAGACAGAGUUGACAGGAAAUAACUACAUUUAGUUUUAAUUCUUGCGGCUUUUAUUAUCGCUAAACGGAUCCUGGAAGUCGGUGUCACCUGCCGCGUGAUUGCCGGUCUGCAUCCGAUCACCGCGAGACGCUCGCGUCGACUUUUUUGCCUCGUACAAUUUACCGGUGACGGUGCAUAUACACGGUCAUGCGCAGUACGCCACGGUUGGUGUUUUAAUACGGUCAUCGCGAGAGAGAGAGCGGCGUAUUCGUAAUAGUUGAUCAGGUAACCUUCUGCGCGUCUGACUCGAGCCCUCCUCGCCUUGCAUCGCACGAUCAGGUUGCAGUUUGGCAGAGCUGGUUUCCACAGCUGAGCGCUCGCCGCCACUCGACUGUGCUGUUGUGCUGGUUGUUACUGCUGGCUGCCGUGUUGCGCGGACAAACGGACCGGAGUGCGUAUUAUUUGUGUGAGAAGAAAGCCAGCCCUUAUCGGUGGUGGAAGGAAAACAAGCGGUUGUCCUAUAAUCGCCUUGGGAAGAGCAGGACGGAUCGCUGGAUUAAAUUAUUAAUCCCGUUGUACGGCACGUACUCUGUAUGUACUUGUCCUCGUACGUACUGAAGUACAGCGCGUGUACCGUUGUACGUACUGACCAGUAGCGCUUGAGAAGUGCACUGGCCUGUGGCUCUGACCCGACCCGACCCGGCCCGCCUCUGCUGAUUGGUCAGCGCUAUCACUGACCGGCUGUGUGUGCACUGUGCAGCGCUGUAUGAGUCAGCGGUUGUAUCUAUCUGUACGAGCGCUCUGAUCCUUAUCGCGGCCUCAUCCGGCUCAACGUAGAAUUUGCCAAGCCAGCCAGCGCGUUCAGACUUGCACAGCACAGCACAGCGUGUGGAUGCACACUGGAUUGUUCUCGGCAGUCAAUCGUCAGUUCGUCGUGCCAGCGACAGUAAUUAUCCACUUGUUGUUGUUUCCGUGCGAUUCACUCGACCCAUGCCUCGCUAAACAGUCAGCGCGCGGCGUCGGCAGAAUAAUCUUGUGAGUUCAGCUGCCUGGCCAAACACUGCAACACACAGCAGCGCGUCUUACCUAAUUCUCCUUCACGCGAGUGCACAGCUGUUGAGAUUGCACUCGAUUACGCCGUGUUUCCUUGAGCGCCGUGACGUCGUUCCGCGGGAUCUGAAGGACCCUGCCGUGAUUCUCUGCAUCGGCGGCGGAUUGCCUAUUUUGCCUGCUCCCGCAUCACGGAAAUGCCAUCGAAUCUGACAGCGACAGACGGACUGUGGACUUCGGCCGGCGGUCGCAACUCGAAACCCCGCAAGUCAAGAGGGAAUGUGGUGAAGGAGCGGCUGAGUAACCUGUCGGACACGGACGACUCGGGCAGCGUGUCCCUGUCCGGGUCCAGCUCGCUGUCCAGCGACAAGAGCGCGGCCAUCGGCAUUCCCGGCCACAGCGCCUCCAGCUCGCCGUCGCCGACGAUCCAGUCGCAGAGCUCGCUGGACUCGGGCCAUGGCAGCCUCCCGGAAGCGGCCUCCCACAUGGCGCCGCCCACUUCGCCCACCGGACCGGCCGCAGGGAAGAAAGCCGGCAUUUUCAGCCGUUUGAAGAAGGUCUCCCUCGGCACCGGCCCGAACGCGGCGCUGGACGUGUUCAACUUCGAGGGCGACGGCGUGGUCUUCAAGGGCAAGUUGGUGGGCAUCGCCGACGUGGAGGGCGCGCGCGGCGACGACAUGUGCCAGCGCGCCAUGCUGGAGCUCAACAAGGCGCUCAAGCUCUCCAAGGAGCACAAGGCCCGCAUCAUCGUCUCCGUGGCCAUGUCCGGAUUGAAGAUUAAGGACGAGAAAGAUGCGACCGUUCUGCAUCAUCACCCGGUGCCGAAGAUUUCGUACAUUUGGCGCGACCAGUCGGAUGCGCGCUCUUUCGGCUAUAUCUGCGGCACACCGGAUGUCGGACACAAAUUUUAUGCGCUCAAAGCCGACAAAUCGGCGGAUGCCGUGGUGGGCGCCAUUCAUCGCUUGUUCCAGCUGGCCUUUAAAAUGAAGCAGCACGAGAUCGAUCAGCACCGCAAGACACACGCAGGAAAUUCCACCGGCGAGCCGAUGCCCACCGCCAACGAUGCAGCGACGGGCGGCGCGGGCAGUGUGCUGCAGACGGAAGAAGUGAACCUGCUGGACCUGGAGUCGGAGCUGCAGGUGCUGUCGCAGGGCAUCCAGCACAUGCAGACGAUGCAGUCGCAGGCGGGGACGGCGGCCGGCGACGCCGCCUGGGUGGCGGACUUCGGCAGCGAGGCCUGGCCCUCACAAGCCCCUCCUCCGGCCGCCACUGCCGUGGAAGCGGAGAUGUCCUCGGCCUCCAGCACCAGCUCCUCGCAGUCGGACCCCUGGGGCCGCGGCGGCACCCCGCAGUCGCAGCGCACCAUCACCCCGGACCCCUUCGACACCGUCGGCGCCAUGGCCGCCUCGCUGGCCGCCGACCCCUUCGCCGCGCCCCUCCCGGCCCUCGUCGAGCGCAGCGUGCCUACCGCCGCCGUCUUCACCCCCGCCCCGUGGUCCCACCAGUCAAUCCCUUCGCCGGGGACGUGCAUUCCGAUCUACUGGCCAGUAUUCCCCUGACCGCGGUCGAGCCCUUUGCCUCCGUCUUCGACACGCCGGCCCCCGUCCCCGCCGACCCCAAACCGGCCCUCGUGGACCCCUUCGCCACCGCCGGGGUCUUUGACGAGCUGUGCCCGCCGUUGAACCAGCUGCGCAGCCGUCA